UCUACUUUGACAAUAAGGAUUUUAUAAUAUCGUAUACCACAUGUUAGUCGGAGGCAGCCUGACUACUAGACUGAAAUGGGCGUAACUCUACGAACGAUAUUGUUGUUGGCGACAGCAUGCGCACUGGCCCAAGGUGGAAUAAGUGCGAGUUUAGGAAAUACCUGAGCCCUGAAGUGACCCACUACAUCUACAGCCCGGGGUUUCCCGCCAACUUCACGACGGCUGUGCAGUGCCGCUGGGUGAUCACGAGCCCGCCCGGCUUCGUCUGCCGGCUCAACUGCUCGCAGAUCGUACUGCCUGAUAGUCCAUCAUGCUCAGAGGACCGGCUGCUGAUCUCAAACCAGGGCGACCCUUCGCUCAUGGUGGCGAACACUUAUUGCGGCCGGCGCUCUGUGACCGAAGUCUCUAUAGGACGCCGAAUCACCAUAAGUUUACUAGCCCCACCAAAUACCGCUGGAGGGCGUUUGUUGUGUGAAGCAACGGCUGAGAGAGAAAACAUUUUACGUCGUUCAUCACUGGCCGAACUUGGAAUACAGCCUUGGAUUAAUUUUUAGGAAUGGAUUAAUAAUAUAGAAACUCUGGA